UGGGCAUCGGGCAUCGAGAGUCGAGAGAGAAGAAAGGCAUCGAUCGAGGUAGAGAAGAAAGCGAUCGAGAAGAAAGAAAGAGAGAGCAAGUAAAAAAGGGGAUCAAGAAAGAUGGGCGACGCGGAGGACAUCCAGCCUCUGGUUUGCGACAACGGGACGGGGAUGGUGAAGGCCGGGUUUGCCGGCGACGACGCGCCGCGGGCGGUGUUCCCGAGCAUCGUGGGGCGGCCGCGGCACACGGGGGUGAUGGUGGGGAUGGGGCAGAAGGACGCGUACGUGGGGGACGAGGCGCAGUCGAAGCGGGGCAUCCUGACGCUCAAGUACCCCAUCGAGCACGGCAUCGUCAACAACUGGGACGACAUGGAGAAGAUCUGGCACCACACCUUCUACAACGAGCUGCGCGUUGCCCCCGAGGAGCACCCCGUCCUCCUCACCGAGGCCCCCCUCAACCCCAAGGCCAACCGCGAGAAGAUGACCCAGAUCAUGUUCGAGACCUUCAACGCCCCCGCCAUGUACGUCGCCAUCCAGGCCGUCCUCUCCCUCUACGCCUCCGGCCGCACCACCGGCAUCGUCCUCGACUCCGGCGACGGCGUCAGCCACACCGUCCCCAUCUACGAGGGCUACGCCCUCCCCCACGCCAUCCUCCGCCUCGACCUCGCCGGCCGCGACCUCACCGACUACCUCAUGAAGAUCCUCACCGAGCGCGGCUACUCCUUCACCACCACCGCCGAGCGCGAGAUCGUCCGCGACGUCAAGGAGAAGCUCUCCUACAUCGCCCUCGACUUCGACCAGGAGAUGGCCACCUCCUCCUCCUCCGCCUCCUCCUCCUCCGUCGAGAAGAGCUACGAGCUCCCUGACGGCCAGGUCAUCACCAUCGGCGCCGAGAGGUUCCGCUGCCCCGAGGUGCUCUUCCAGCCCUCCUUCGUCGGCAUGGAGGCCGCCGGCAUCCACGAGACCACCUACAACUCCAUCAUGAAGUGCGACGUCGACAUCCGCAAGGACCUCUACGGCAACAUCGUCCUCAGCGGCGGCACCACCAUGUUCCCCGGGAUCGCCGACCGCAUGAGCAAGGAGAUCACCGCGCUGGCGCCCAGCAGCAUGAAGAUCAAGGUGGUGGCGCCGCCGGAGAGGAAGUACUCCGUCUGGAUCGGAGGAUCCAUCCUCGCCUCACUCAGCACCUUCCAGCAGAUGUGGAUCGCCAAGGCGGAGUACGACGAGUCCGGCCCCUCCAUCGUCCACCGGAAGUGCUUCUAAUUAUUUCUUCCCUAAUCAUUUCAUUAACCCAUUAAUAACACUUAAGCUGAAACAAUAACCUAAUUAAUUACAUCCCAGAGGAGGAGAGGCUAUAUAUAUAUAUAUCUCACUGCACCUCUCAUCACGUCUAUACACGAGUAAUCACAAAGUACUACUAUCACGUCCAGCUUCCCGGCCCCACUUUUCCCCCCAAUUUUCUCCCUGUUUUUACUCAUUUUUAUUAUUUUCCGUUUUACCCUUUUGGUAGACGUAUAGAUAUUAUGUACUAUAUUUCCUCGUUUUCAUUUGGAGGCUGUAUGUGUUUAAU